AACAGCAACAACAACAACAUUAACAAUAGCAAUCGUAAUCGCAAAAGCAGCAACAAAAACACAUUAAUGGGAAGCGCAAAAUCAACCAAGUGAAACGGAAAUUUACAAAAUAAAACCAAAAAGAUUCAAAACUUGACUAGAAUAAUUCCGAUCCGGUCCGAUCCGAUCAAAUCGAAGCCCCCAGUGCACGUUGCCCGUCCGGAGCCGAGUGGUGACCCACCACCACCGAUAGAGUCAUAAGAGCCUUGGCGAAUCGUAAUUAAUUGAAGCAUGAGAGCAGCCUGAUCCGUAGACGAACAGAGCACCAGUACGGAGACCAGACAGCACAUGCCACCACGGCCCCUCGAGGAGUCUUUCCCACCCAAGCCCCCACGCCGCAAACGACAGAUGCGGCCCGAACAGGAGACGGGGAGCCAUCACCCGGAGACCCAGCCCCAGGCGGAGAACGAGGAUGAGCAGCUGCUGCCCUCCACCAGCGCCAGUAAUAGCAACAGCACCAGCAAUGCCACCACCAGCGCCAGCAUCCGGAGCGACACCUACUCCAGCCUUCGCUAUACCCGUUCCAAUCUCAGCCGCAGCAGCCUCCUGCUGAGCCACCAGCAGAGCUCCUUCGAUGGCAGUGCCGCCACGCCCACAGAGCGCACGGAGAGCAGCGAGACUCUGGACAUGCUGCCCAUGGGCAGGGGUCGCUCCCAGAUGCAUCCGGCAGGCAGAUGCAUGGGCCAGAUGCCGAUGAGUACGCAGAUGCGGGCGGGCCAGCCUUCGGCCCUGGCCAGUGCACUGCAUGCAACGGCCAAGCUGGCGGCCAGUGUAGAUGCAUAUACGGCCGCGGCGACGGCGGCGACGACGGUUCCCUCCGGUCACCUACCGCUCACCGGACCUGGCGCCGACUACAGUAUGUGCGACUCGUGUCGCCCAUUGCGCUUCCACAGCCAGAACACCGGCCAGAGCUGUCACAUCCACGGCAAUCUCGGCAGUCGACCCGUCCACUCGGGCCCGAGCAGCUACGUUGGAUCGUCGCGCUAUCUCUACCAUAAUUUAAAUUCGAAUUCCCCACACGCGGGCUCGGGACGCUUCAGCGCGCAGAGAGACGCCUCGCUCCCACCUGCGGCAGCUGUGCCCCUGCCGUUGCCGUUGCCGUCAGGGCUAGCAGCUUCCAUAGCACCGCCACCAUUUCAGUAUCGCACCUUCCAACAGAAUCCGUCUUACCGCUUUCAGCCACGCCAGCACCGCACCGGCAGCAGCAGCAUGUCGCAAUCCGGCGAGGAUCUCCACUCGCCCACCUACCUCUCCUGGCGCAAGCUCCAGCUGAGUCGCGCCAAAUUGAAGGCCUCCAGCAAGACAUCGGCCCUACUCUCCGGUUUCGCCAUGGUGGCCAUGGUGGAGGUGCAGCUGGACCACGACACAAAGGUUCCGCCCGGCAUGCUAGUGGCGUUCGCGAUCUGCACCACAAUGCUGGUGGCCGUGCAUAUGCUGGCCUUGAUGAUCAGCACCUGCAUCCUUCCGAACAUCGAGGUGGUGUGCAACCUGCACAGCAUCUCCCUGGUGCACGAGUCGCCGCACGAGCGCCUGCACUGGUACAUUGAGACGGCGUGGGCUUUUUCCACUCUGCUGGGGCUGAUCCUGUUCCUGCUGGAGAUAGCCAUACUGUGUUGGGUGAAGUUCUACGAUCUGAGCCCGCCGGCGGCCUGGUCCGCCUGCGUGGUGCUGAUACCCGUGAUGAUUAUCUUCCUGGCCUUCGCCAUACACUUCUAUCGGUCUCUGGUGACACACAAGUACGAGGUGACGGUCUCGGGCAUACGGGAGCUGGAGAUCCUCAAGGAGCAGAUGGAGCAGGACCACCUCGAGCACCACAACAACCACAAUCGCAAUAAUGGCCUUCACUACGGUGCCGCCGGCGACAUCGUCUAGCAGUAUCAAUCGCGCGAGGAUCCCACGAUGCAUGAAGUCUCCACGGCGAUUCUCCGCUGAAAACUUAAGGAAAACGAAAAGAAAAGACACUUGCGGCAGUGGGCCAGAGGCCCCGCCGUCAAUCCUCAGACUAUAUAAGUGAAUAUUUUUUUGUAAAUUUGUAGUUGAUGCAAAUUGUGAUACGCAGCAGGCAGUAGAUAUUUAUUAUACGAGAACAGUAUGAGUAUGGGUAUAUUCUAAAGGAGUGUGCCUCGAGCAAUGUUUCUUUCAGCUCAAGACCUUUAACAGAUUGUAGCCCCCGUGUACUGUACCCCUGCAAUGAUGAAAGACCCCAAACUAAAGCAAUAAUACUUUCAAGUUGAAAAUUCCUCAAAAUUAGCUCGUAUUUGUUUUAACUACUUAGCGCUCCGUGAAUAAUCUGUAUUGUAUUUUUUUCGGACCUUGUCCAUAGCGCGCAGUCUUCCCUCACUCACGUAGUGUGUAAGAUCCCAAAACCCCGAUCGUGUUAGCCCAUAUUUUGAUAUUGAUAGGCCCAAUAUAUACAUAUGUAAGCGGAAUUGCGCUGUAAUUUAUACACGUACGAUUAAACGAUUUUUUUUCUACC